AUGAUUGGGUUAUUUCGCAAGGUAACAAUUUUUAGGAGGACAUUUUGUAGUGUAUCUAUGUCAUAUGAUAUAAAUAAAAACAUCCUUUAUAGUGAUGAAGAUUAUCUUGUUGUUAAUAAAAAAUAUGGAAUGUUUACCUACGAAACGUCAAGAAAUAAAGAAAGUGUUAUGAACAAUUUAAUGUUGUUAAAUGAAGAUGAAAAAAAAGAAUGGAAUAUAUUAUACAAAUUGUAUAGUCAAAUUAGUGGUUGUAUUUUAAUAUGUAAAAAUAGAAUUAUAAAAUAUAAUUCUUAUGAAAAUAUAUUUUUAGCUUUAGUUUAUGGUAAGAUUGAAAAUAUGAAGAAUAUGAAAGAAAAAAAUUAUUAUUAUAACGAAAUAAAAUUAUAUUUAAAAUAUUUACCAGAAUCUAAUAUAAUGAUUACAACAAAUAAUUAUGAAGAUAUAAAUAAAAUGAAAUGUUUAAAAUAUGAAGUUGUAAAUAAUAAUAUUUGUUAUCAAAAACAUAAUUUCAGUCUUUUAAAAUUGUAUAUAAAUGCAUGUAACUCACAAUAUAUUAAACCAUUAUUAUAUUAUUCGUUACAUACGUGUAUAGUAGGAGAUAAUGAAUAUAUAAAUGUGCAUAAAAAAAUUAAAAAAAAAAAUGAAAAAAAAAAUGAAAAAAAAAAUGAAAAUUUUAUUAUAAAAAAAGAACCUUAUCUAUUAUUUAAUAAUAAUGAUGAUGGUGAGGUACAAAAUAUUAUCAAAAGUAGAAAAUUUUUAUUAAACAAAUUAAAUAAAGAAAAAGAAGGAAACCAAUUAAAAUUACAUUUACAUUGUCUUAAUGUUACUUUUCAAUACAAAUGUAAUAAAAUAAAAUCUAUAUUUGCACCUGUACCCUCACAUUUUAAAGAUACCUUACAUAUUUUAGGUGCUACCAAUAUAAUUAAAAAUAUGGAAAAUAUACAAAUAUUAAAAAAUGAUAAUUUAAUGGAAAAUCAAAACAAACAAAACAAAAUGGAACUCUUAAAAAAGAAAAAGAAUAACAUAGACGAAAAAUCUAUACAUAUCAAAAAAAAACAGGAACAUAAAAAAGAAGAAGUAAAAUAUUAUGACUACAUGCAAGAUAAAGAAUUCUGUGAAAAACAAAAUGAUGACUUAUUAAAAGAUAUAUAUUAUAAUAAAGAGGAUAAUCAAAAAAUUAAAAUUGAUAAAGAUUUAAAUAUUAUCGAAACUGUUGAUACAUAUAAUUAUAUAAAUGACGAUGAUAUGUAUGUUGAUAGGAACACAUCCCAAAAAAAAAUUACAAAAAGGAGGGGUAUCUUAUCAAAGGAUUUUAAUAAACUAUCAAAAAGGGAUGCACCUAUAUUCUUCACAGAUAUUGAAUAA